CCCGCCUCCUCUCACACUUGCAACAUGGCGCCACUGUUGGUGUCACUGAAAUGCGGCUUACACUUUCACAGAAGAAAACUGGCAAUUAUCCUUCAAAAAACUAGCUCCUACCACGCUUGGAGUAAAGGUCAAAGCGAAAAUGAGUCCUCGCGUCAAACUUCUUACCUGCUUAGUACCCUGCCACACUCACGAACAAUCACAUGGAAUACAAAAACUAAUGAAGGCUGUCGCCGCAUUUUGGAGGCAGCAAACCAUUUGCAGGUGACCGACAAACGAACAUGCUGGCACGGGAAUGCCGGAGGACGCCUCAAUGCAGACCCCAAAAAUGUGCUGAAAGAAGUCAACACAACUACCAUCCUGUCCGCCAUGGUGACUUACGUGUGGCCCAAGGACAGACCUGACUUGCGGGCCCGUGUUGCUAUCUCUCUGGGCCUGCUAGCUGCAGCCAAGAUCACCAAUGUGACGGUGCCCUUCAUGUUUAAGUAUGCAGUGGACGAGCUUAACCAGAUGUCGGGACACAUGCUGAACCUGAACGAUGCGGCAAGCACUGUGGCUACCAUGGCAACGGCCAUGCUGAUUGGCUAUGGUUUGUCACGGGCAUGCGCAGCCCUCUUCAACGAGCUUCGGAAUAUGGUGUUUGGCAAAGUGGCCCAGAGCUCUAUCAGACGCAUCGCCAAAAAUGUCUUCCUCCACUUGCACAAUCUGGAUCUGGACUUCCAUCUCAGCCGCCAGACGGGAGCACUGUCCAAGGCCAUCGACCGUGGCACCCGAGGCAUCUCAUUUGUCCUUAGUGCCCUCAUCUUCAAUCUGGGCCCCACAGUCUUUGAGAUGGGACUUGUGAGCGCCAUCCUGUUCUACAAGUGUGGUGGAGCGUUCACGGCCGUGGCCUUGGGUACAUUAUCCACAUACACCCUUUUCACCAUUCUCGUGACGCAGUGGAGGACUCGUUUCCGCAUAGAAAUGAACAAAGCAGACAACGACGCAGGCAACGCAGCUAUCGACUCUCUUCUUAACUAUGAGACUGUUAAGUACUUCAACAACGAGAAUUAUGAAGCCCAAAGGUACGACGGCUUCCUGAAGAGCUACGAGUCGUCCUCUUUAAAAACCACCUCCACGCUCGCAAUGCUCAACUUUGGCCAGAGUGCCAUCUUCAGUGUCGGCCUCACCGGCAUCAUGGUGCUGGCAAGCAAGGGAAUUGCAGCAGGCACGAUGACAGUGGGUGACCUGGUGAUGGUGAACGGCCUCCUCUUCCAGCUCUCCCUCCCUCUAAACUUCCUGGGCACCGUGUACAGAGAGACGCGGCAGGCGCUUAUAGACAUGAACACGCUUUUCACACUGCUCAGUAUUGACACCAAGAUCAAGGAGAAGGAUCUAGCCCCCCCAUUAAGCGUCACACCACAAGAGUCCACCAUUCGCUUCGAGGAUGUGUAUUUUGAGUACCUGGAAGGCCAGAAAGUCCUGAAUGGGGUGACCUUUGAGGUACCUGCUGGGAAGAAGGUAGCCAUAGUCGGUGGCAGCGGCUCCGGAAAGAGCACAAUAAUGCGGCUGUUGUUCCGCUUCUAUGAGCCCCAGCGGGGGAACAUCUACAUCGGUGGGCAAAACAUCCGAGACGUCAGCCUCGAGAGUUUGAGGAAGGCCUUAGGGGUCGUACCGCAGGAUGCUGUUCUGUUCCACAACACCAUCUACUACAACCUGCAGUACGGGAACAUCAACGCCACACCGGAGGAUGUUUACCAAGUAGCUCGUCUGGCAGGCAUCCAUGAUGCCAUCCUCAGGAUGCCACAUGGUUACGACACCCAAGUUGGGGAAAGAGGCCUAAAGCUGUCAGGCGGGGAGAAACAGCGUGUGGCCAUCGCCCGUGCAAUACUGAAGAAUCCGCCUAUUCUGCUGUAUGACGAGGCCACGUCAUCUCUGGACUCCAUCACUGAGGAGAACAUCCUGAACGCAAUGAAAGAGAUGGUGAAAGACAGGACCUCUGUGUUCAUCGCUCACAGGCUUUCCACUGUUGUAGACGCCGACGAGAUCAUUGUUCUUAAUGAGGGCAAAGUGAAAGAGCACGGCAACCACCAAACGCUCCUCGGCACACCUGGCAGUUUGUACGCCGACCUGUGGAACACCCAGAACAGCAAAAUCCUGAGCAACAACAAGAGCUCCAGCCGGCCGGCGCCCGAGCGCCUCUCCCAGAAGGAGGAGGAGAGGAAGAAACUGCAGGAGGAGAUCCUCAACAGUGUGAAGGGCUGUGGGAACUGCUCCUGCUGAGAGAAGCUGCCACCUCCGAGUCUCGUCACCAUCUCCACACAGAUGGCCCGUGCUGGAGUCCCCAGUCUGUGUGGUAUUUGAGGAAAGAGGGGGUCGGGGGAUGCGGCCCCAUUAUACAUCCCAGCCAAACCCCAUGGUGCGGCCUUGCUUCCUUUCCCUCCGGCUUCUCCUUCUCAACUGAAUAAAGCCCCUCGCUGGCCAAGUUGAGGAAGAGCUGAACAGACACUGGAUGGCAUCCAGAGCUUCUAUAUGUCACUUUCCUCAGUGGAAGCCAAGAGAAAGAGACCUUGUAAAUCACAUACGUGCACGCUAGACAUCUGCUAGACAACAUGGUCACAUCCGCUUCCCUGUCUUAGCUUUGCAUCCGUUGGCCUUUAUAAUGACAUCUUACUUCACACUGGAAACAGAGGAGAUAUCGCGUUAUCAUGUCCAUAGGCUUCAUGAGACACACUUUAUAUGGCUUGAUCUGAAAGUUCGUUUUUCAGAUGAAUUUUAACCCGAAUGGCUUUUUAAAAUACGUGCGAGCGUGUAUAUAUUUCCGUAAUUCCGACUUUCCCCGCAGUUCAGUCGUAAUGCACAUUUCCGCUUGAAAUGUCACAGACUUGAGUGAAAUGUUAACUUCUUCAGAUUAUCCCCAUUAACGCGUCGACUAUAGGUGAAUGUUUGGAGUCACGCGCAGACAAAACUGUCUCCCGAGUGAAUUAGCAGAAUGUCACCGGUGCGUCCAUGUAAAAAAAUAAAUAAAAAAUAACACGGCAGGAACGGCGAGAAGCGUCUAAUGAAUGAUGAAUGCUUUUCACCGCAGUUGAGCCACGUUGCGAGGGCUCCUCUGGGAACAUUUUGCAGUAGUAUCGUCGAGCCGACGCAGCAGCUGUUGUGUCGACAUUCGCCUUUCGUCAGUUUAACAGCAGCUAAUUGGACGUAUUGAUCAGAGAGCAUUGAAGGUUUUGCGUCAAUAUUAAUUUUUAAAAACUGACAUGUAUGUCCUCAUUUUCAGAGGGCUGCUUUGUUUUUGUGAUACGCACACUUUGUUUCAAUCUCUGCUGGUAUUGUUUCUAUUAAUAAAAUGAAAUGAUUGUCUUCUAUA